AUGAGCUUCCAUCAGUACUCAGCUUCAGGAAUUUCUCGGAGCUCAAAUUCUUUGAAACAAACGGUGGCGUCAAGGACAGAAACGCCCACUUUUUCGUCUGAUGAUCAUCAAUUCCUCUCUUGGAGCUCCAUUCUACCGGCAAAGCCACGUCGUUGCUGCUUGCGCAUCGUCGGAGCUCUCUCUGGUUCCGGAAAAUCUCCUCCCUCACAUGCUCAGGCAAUCUCAGUGCGUACCUCUCCAGAGAGAUACCGGUCGAGUGUGACCUCGCAAACCUCGCCGGCGCCGUUGUUGACCAGAUUGGAAGUUCAGUCUCCGUCGGAAGACCAGCGCUUCCGAUUUCAUCAAUCGUUUCCUCCGGCGACUCCUCUGCGCUCUGCCGCUCGAUUUCUCCAUCUGCGGCCGGCGAUUCUUCCUGAUUGGACUCUGUCGCGGCGUCUGCGGCGGCAUUGUCAUCGUCCGACGGACAGAGCUUGGCGCGGCAAACAGGGCAAGUAAGGUGGGAAGCGAACCACUGAUCAAUGCAAUCGGGAUGGAAAACGUGAUUGCAUUGUGGCAGCAAGCGGACAUUGUCCGUGUCACCGAACUCGGUCAGGCAAACAGCGCAAUCGAGAGCGCAAUUUCCGAUCCUGAGCGCCUUCACCUCGGAGUACUCCAGCACAGGACACUGCUCCAUGACUUGACGGAGGCGGCGUUGGGCUGUGGCCCGGGUGGCUCGACGGUUGCUGCGAGCACAGGAUCUAACACAGUGACGGAUCAAGAGGGAGAGGAAAAUCAAGAAGACAAUGCAAGAGAAAAAGCCGGUGAGAACAACACUGAAGCGAGCUUUCUUGAGAGAGACUUUCAAGACGUCGCUGACCCAAGUGGAUGAUGUGCCCGGCGGCUGUGCAUGGGAGCGACGGUGGAGAAUCGCGAGUACGGCUAGCAAGAACAGAGAGGAGGGAAUAAGAAGACGAUCGAGGAGCUCCGGGGGCGUCAGUUUUAUGGGUGGGGUUUGCAGACGGUGGCACGCUACUGAAGAGACACGUGGCAGACUGGAAAAUGAGAAAGAAAUAGGUGGCGUUGUCAGGACCCAACAAAACUUCUUUCCCGCUGUCCCGUUCCGUAGUUCUCUCAGUCUCAUGCUAUGUAUAUACUCCCCUGCUCAUGCAUACAUACAUAUGUGUAUAUAAUAUAAGUUUUUUUCAA